CGACAAUGUAAACCAGCCCAUCACCACAAUUGCCAUGCCGCCACGAAUACGUCUCUGUCCCCGCGCCCUGCGCGUCCGGAAAUCCCAACCUCCGACCCCCAUCACCCGCAGUUAUGCCUCCCUAGCAACUGCAACCACCCCCGCCCCUCCGAUAAAUCAAACAAACCAAUUUGUUCCCCAGAUUCAACGGUACCCUCCGACGCAACCACCCUCGCACAAGCCGCCAGAGACCCGCAAAACGCAAUUACAUCGGCAGUACCAAUCGCUCCUCCGCUCCUCUCCCCUAAUCCUCCUCUUCCAACACAACAACAUCCUAGCGGUAGAAUGGAUGAGCAUACGGCGCGAACUCACGGCUGCGCUGAGGAAAGUAGACGCCGAGUUGGCGCAGAACGGACAGCCCAGUCUCGCGGACAACAUUAGGCUCCAGGUCAUUCAGACGGGCAUCUUCGCUUCCGCGCUGCGCGUCGUUGAAUUCUUCGACCCUGUCAAGGGUACUAUUGCGGAGCAGGCGGAGAAGGAAGAGGAGCGCUUCACACACGGUGUAUCGCGGCGCGCGCACGAGAUCGCAUCGAACAGGAAGUUGAAAUCGGGACUGGAGCCACUACUCUCUGGACCAUUGGCCGUGGUAUCCUUCCCGACUGUGUCCCCUCAGCAUCUGAAAGCCGUGCUGUCCAUUCUCUCUCCGUCUCCCGAAUUCCCAGCUCCAAAGCGGAAAGUGAACCCCGACUACCACAGCCUGGAGGUCCAGGGCGGAUUGCAAAAGCUCAUGCUUUUGGGUGCGCGGGUUGAAGGCAAGGUGUUUGAUAUGGAGGGCACGAAAUGGGUUGGCAGUAUCGAGGGCGGCAUUGACGGGCUCCGCGCACAAUUGGUGCAUAUGCUGCAAGGCAUUGGAGGCAGCCUUGCCAGUGCACUGGAAGGCGCAAGCCGGAGUCUCUAUUUCACCGUGGAGAGCAGGAGAAUGGACAUGGAGGACAAGGAGAAGGGCGACAAGAAGGGGGAAUAAACCGAGAUAUCUACGGGUUGGCUGUACAGAUACUGAGGGAUUAUGUAUGUCUACUUGUACAUUGCAUUGGUGUCUUGGAAGCCAUCUUUGGAAUAUAACGAGCUUUCGCAUCAGUCCCCCGUCUUCUGCGUACUGUUCACAGUUUCGGGGCGCUUUCCAUUUUCUGCAGCUCUUCUCGUAGCACUCGUCUCAUUUCUGCGGCUAGGCUUGCGCCUUCUUCGUCGUCUAAGUCGUCUCUCUGGCCCCGGCCGAACAUCGUCCAGCUCUUGUUC